AUGAGUGAGCUUCUCUACUCUCUCCCCACUUGGGAUCUCCAUAACCUUGGAUCACUCUUCAAGCCUGAUUUCAAUCUUGAUGCAUGUGGAUUCAUGAAUGGUUCCCCAGAACAUACUUACCGAUCACCGGAGUUGGAUUAUUCCGACGUCUCCACAGGUUACCUCGAAGACGCACUUAUCGAGUCUUGCGAGAGAAGCAAAAGGAGACGUCUCUUGUUCGAGGAUCCCUCAAAAUCUCUCAACGAUAGCUACUCGCAGUCGCAGAAGGAUUGGGGCCUGCAUGAGAGUUAUAGGUGUUUGAAUAGUGACUUUGUCUCUCCACAUGUUAAAACAGAUGAACGUAAGAGUGUAAUAAGUAGCUUUGAGGACCCGAUAUCGACCGUUUACGAGUCUCCUGACACCUCUGUUUCUUCCGAGAAAAUCUAUGUCCAAGAAAAAUCUCCAACCGAACAAUCUUAUUCCAAUUUUGGUAAUAAGAACAAAAGACUAAUCACGAGACUAGUGUACCCAUUUGGACUGGUGAAACCAGGUGGUCGGGAAGAAGAUGUAACCCUAAAUGAUAUAAACGAGCGGAUUUUGAUGGCUCCGUCUCGACCGGUUCGUCAUCCGGUAGGAGAUUUUGCCUCUCGACCGUGCAUCUCGACCCAGGGACCAGGCCUCUCUGGCAAAGCCGUUGUGGCACUUACUAGGAUCCAGACACAAGGGAGAGGCACAGUUACUAUAAUCAGAACUAAAGGGUGA